GUGAAUUUUAUUUGAAUAGUGCCACUGCGAUUUAAUAUUUUAAGCGUCAAAAAUACCUAUUUUUACUUUUGUCCAUGAAGUAUAUAAAACUAUCAACAAUUUUGGAAAUCGAAUAACACUAUAGUUAUGCUUAACUAAAAGGUGUAUCGAAAUCAGCACAAUUGGUUAAAAAAUAAUUCGAAUUCCCAGUAGCGCUUAUUUACGGUCCCUCCUUAAAACCUAUAAAAAAAUUUCGCUCCAUGAUAUAUUUUAUUUUGUAGGGGCUUUCAAAUGAUUUCUAGCGUUGAGUCUAGUGGCAGUUUCUUUCCCGCAGCCCUGUGGCGUCCGCAGGUCACCCAGAUACAUCGAUUCGACAUGCCGGGCGACACUGGCGUCGUCGUCAAGCCAAACAGAAGCGGCAGUGAGGCGUCAACUGGCAAAGCAACCAGUCAUCCGCCGGCGACGAGGAAGAGGACAACUGAGCACCCGAACCAGAAACGCUGGAAUACGCUUUUGUUUACCCGAUUAGUAUGCACAGGAUUUAAUUAGCCAUAGAAUCCGGGAGGAGCCGGAGGAAAUGCGACCCAUUUGGGAGUCGGCCAGCAGGCCGCUGUUUGUGCGCUCCGUGUGGCAGGAGACGAUCGGCAGACGCCACUUCAUCCUCGACUACGAGCCGCGACAGAGGCAGCGCUGGAAGCGCCAGAAGACAAGGUCGAGGGGCAACUACACGCAGACGCAAUCCUGGGAUUUCUUUGAGCAGUCCCCGGAGGAGAGUGUGGAGUACCUGGACGAAUACCCCCUGCUGGACGCCACCAAACUGACGCUGCAGCAGCAGCAAUCGAUGCCCACUGUGGGUGGGCGGCCUGGCCCCGCCCCCUCGACGGGUGGAGGUCAUCGGGCAGAGCAGCGGCACAACAGCCGCCAGUCGAAACGCCGAGCAUGGCUGCUGAGUCGCGGGCGAACCUAUAACCUGGACCACCAUGUGGACCAUCAGUCGCGGCGCAGUUCUCUACAGGAUGCAACCAGCACGCUGGCCACGACGUCCAACAAUCCAGAGGAGCGGCUGGCCGAAAGGGUGCUCCAUUGGCUGGACCUGGCAGGACGCACGGAUAUAGUAAAGGACAAAGUACCCUCUCCACCGGCGACCAGUAGUGCCCAGUUGGCCAGGUCCGCCCAGAGGAUGCAGCGAAACCACCAUCGCAGCAUGAGUCUCAAGCGGGUGGCCGCGGCGGCAGCGAAUCACCAGAGAUCGGUGGCCAGGAAGCCGAGUGCCAAGCCGCCGCCCGCCGCCCAGCAGGUCACUAACUCCUCCCCGUCCGCCUCCAAUGCCAAGCCCAUAACCAUUAUCUUCAACAAGGAGGGCGUGCCCGUGCGUCUCAAUAGACCCGCCCGCAACAUCGACCUCUGCACCCUGAGCAGCAGUGCCAGCACCACGAGAAGAUUGGCGGGUCAGCUGGCCUCGGCCCGCCUGUACAGUGGAGCCACUGCAUCACCGCUGCCGGAGGACAGCCGCACGCCGCCGCUCAGUGGGCGGGGAGUCGGGACAUCCGCCGCCUCGGACAGCCGGAAACAGCUGCACAUCUUCAUGCCCAGUCUGCCCAAGAAGGGUCUGCUGGCAGCGGGUUCCACGACGGGCAGUGGCAUCGGAGGUUCUGGCGAGGAUGCCCUGAGCACCACCUUCAGUGAGCUGUGCCAGUUGUAGUCGGUUACAGUACACCGUACUGAGUAAAGUCAUUCGGGCUUUAAUGGUGAACAAUAAAAUGCGUAGGAAUAGGAAUACAUAAAAAAACACAUCCAAUCUUUCAAGAUUUGCAAUGGAGUUUACUUAAAAUAAUUUAUACUAUUUGCAUUUUUUAACGUUUCUUUGUAUUUGGCCAGUAGAAUCAAUUUUUGCACAACUUAAAAUUAUAAUAAUCUUAAAUUUCAAGAUCGGCAAGAUAAAUUAAAAGAUUUUACUAUAUGAAGCCUAUACAAACGUGUUUUCCCAUUCCUUCUAUCUUACAACAAAGGUUCAGUGACAUUCACGUGGUUAAUGCGGUUAAUUUGGAUAACUAUCGCUCAUCCUAUUCCUUGUCCAAAAGAAAAACUUUUCGUUUUCCUUGUAAGGCAACCUGCGUUUUAUUUAUAAGUUCCAAAGAAAACUAAGCCACUGUAGUGGUUCUAUAGUAUGUUGUAUAGAACACAGAAAAUGAAAGGGGAAAUUAGUUCUAUUAAUGUGUAUACCAAAAACAAAAAAGAGCUAACUAAAUAAACGAAGAAUUACUUUUUCGAA